GCUAUUAAAACCAAAAGCGAAGAAGUCACCGGAAGCGGAAGUGAGUCGCGGAGUCCUUACAGAGACGCACAGUCCGCCAUUGUUAAGUAUCAGAGUUAAUGUGAUCACAACACCAAAGAAAAGUCCUGUUUGAAUCCAUUCAACUUGUUGUUGGAAGAUCAUUGGUGUUCCAACGGCAGAAACAUGGAGGUGAGCUUCGCCGGCGAGGUGUCGUCCAUCGUCGAGAUGGCCUUCCAGACCACCGUGUCCCUCUUCAGGGAUGUGUGGGCCAGAGAGGUGCCAGACUCGGAGUGGGAGGACGCCAAGCUCGGCGGCGACAUCCAGGAGGUCGAGAGAGGGCUUCUGCUGCAGAUCCAGGCCGUCUUCGCCGAGUUCUCCUCCGCCAUGUUGGAGGAGAACUCGGCUUUAAAGGCCAAAGUGCAGCAGCUGGAGGAUGUGGUCCAGACCAAGGCCGGCCAGCUGGAGCAGGAGCUGCAGGUGCGAGUGGGACAGCUGGGGAGAGACAUGAAGGAGCUGGAGAAGGAGCUGAAGAACCUCAGUGAUGGUGGAGCACAGCCUGAUGCUCACCUCCACAUGCAUCAGCACACCCUGCAAGGAGUCCUAAGUCCCGACCCUUUGACAGACCGCCAGUCUCCAGCCGCCCAGGUGGUCUUGGUGAGCCAGAGCAGCAACGCUCCCACCCUGAUGCUGCUGGAAGACGGAGACCACCUCGUCGAGCCUCCCGCGUCUUCCGCCGACGGCGUGGCGCAGCUUAACCUUCCGCCGGCGGCCUCGCCCGGAGACACGGGCCAAGAUGUCCCCAGUUCUGACUGUUGUUCCGUCAGCACCGAGGACAUGCCACACGAGCAGUGCUCAAUGGACGAGACCUCUUCAGGACAAGCACCCGGGACCGUGGAGCCCAGCUUCAAAGUUAAAAUAGAGUCACCUGACAGGAGCAUAGACGAGGUGAACUGUGAUCAGGCGGAAGGGCGGCGGCUCAGGAAGAAAGAGCCGCGGCCCAUCAAGAGGUUCUUCUGCGACGAGUGCGACGCCGCCUUCUACUGGCGAGCCGACCUGAAGAAGCACGAGGCGCUCCACAAGAGGCCGUUCCCGUGCGAGCAGUGCGGGAGGAGCUUCCUGGAGCAGAAGUCUUUGGACAACCACCUCCUGCGCCACGAAGAGUCCAAGACGCCGCUGCCCUUCCCGUGCCCGCUGUGCAAGCGCUCGUACCGCAAGGACCAGUCGCUGCAGAACCACCUCAAGUGCCACAAGCGCCACCAGCAGCCCAAGCCCUACACCUGCCAGCACUGCGGCAAGACCUUCCGCGUGGGCCAGUCGCUGGAGAACCACCUGCUGCGCCACGAGAAGUGGAAGGAGAUGCUGAAGUGUCCGCUGUGCGACAAGGCGUGCAAGACCCGCGUGCAGCUGCGGGGUCACAUGGUGGUCCACUCGGAGGAGCGGCCCUUCAGCUGCGCCACCUGCGGCAAGGAGUUCAAGAGCAAGGACACGCUGCGCUUCCACCAGAUGGUGCACACCAGCGACAAGAAGUACAAAUGUCCCGACUGCGAGGAGACCUUCAAGUACGCCCACUCGCUGACGGUGCACAAGAGGAAGCACACGGGCGUCACGCCGUUCGUGUGCGAGGUGUGCAAGCGCCCGUACCGCACCGGCACGGCGCUCAAGCGCCACAGCGCCGUGCACACGGGCGAGAAGCCGUUCACCUGCCACGUGUGCGGCGCCAGCUUCAGCCUCAACAACAACCUGAAGAGACACCUGCGCAUCCACACGGGCGAGAAGCCCUUCAGCUGCCAGGACUGCAAGAAGAGCUUCUCCGACAACAACAAGCUGAAGUCGCACAUGCUGGUGCACGGCGCCAGGAAGCCCUUCAUGUGCGACCUGUGCGGCAAGACCUUCCUCUUCAACUGCCGCCUGCAGAUCCACCUCAAGUACGUGCACGCCGACGGCAAGCCCAAGAAGUUCCCGGCCGCGCAGAGGAGCAAGCUGCUGGUCAAGCCCUACAGCUGCAAGAUCUGCCUGAGCAGCUUCAGCGCCGCCUGCUCGCUCAAGCUGCACGAGAAAAGCCACAGCGAGCAGAAGGAGUUCAACUGCGAGCUGUGCGACAAAGCCUUCCACAACAAGUACUCCUUCCGCUACCACCAGAGGAGCCACCUUGGAGAGAAGCCCUUUGUGUGCGAGGUGUGCGGCAAGGGCUUCUUCCAGGCCGGGAGCCUCAAGCAGCACGAGCGCAUUCACACGGGGGAGAAGCCGUACAAGUGCAACCAGUGCGGGAAGGCAUUCCGCACCGACGGCAACUUCUACCGACACGUGCGCAUCCACACGGGGGAGAAGCCCUUCGAGUGCAGCUUCUGCCAGAGGAAGUUCCACCAGUCCAACCAGCUCAAGUCCCACCUGCAGGUCCACACGGGCCAGAAGCUCUACUCCUGCCAGCAGUGCGGACGCGGCUUCUCCGACUCGCGGCAACUCAAGAAGCACAGCUGCGCCGCAGGAUGUGUGACGGUCCUGCCGCAGGAUGUGUGAGGGUCCUCCCGCAGGGUGUGUGAGGGUCCUCCCGCAGGAUGUGUGAGGUUCCCCCCGCAGGAUGUGUGAGGGUCCCCCCGCAGGAUAUGUGAGGGCCCUCCCGCACCGCAGGAUGU